AUGGAAACUGAACCUUCUACAGACAAUGAAACACACAGUCCAGAAAACCAGUAUGGUGAGUGUACAAAUUAUCAUGAAUUAAUUUCUAAAUCGACUAAAUCCACCAACAUAGAAAAAGAAGCACCAAUAGAGACAUGCAGUAACUCAAUUGGAAAUGAAUGUAGUAUAAAUUUAGUUGCUGCUGAUGUUGUGGUUAUGGAAACUGAACCUUCUACAGAGUUUAUAGAUAAUCAAUAUGAUGAAUUAAUAGCUAUAUCUACCAACAAAGACCUAAAAUCACAAAUAGAGACGUAUAAGAACACUUUUGGAAAUGAAUUAUCUAAAUUUGGAAGUGAUCCAGCGAUAUUCAGUUCUAUUCAAACUCAAAGCAUAAGCCCUGAAUUACUGGAUUAUUUGUUCAAAUGUGGACCGAUGCAGCCAUCAUCUAGUGAAAUGCCCAAAAACUGUUUUCCAAAAGACUCUCAUGGGAGAUCGUUCCACGAUAACUGGUUUUGGAAAAAAUUACCUACCGGAGAAUUAAUUCGAAGAAAGUGGAUGUCAUAUUCAACAAUUCAAAAUCGACUGUAUUGUCUUAAUUGUGCGCUAUUUGGAAGAAAUAGAAAAUGUCAUUGGGUUUGUGAUGGGUUUGCAGAAUGGAAAAAUGGCCCAAUUAAAAUUAUGAAACAUGAAAUAACCGAAAAUCAUGUAUUUGCUUCAAUUAAAGCAUCAUAUAAGGAAGCUGCUUUUCCACUUAUUCCUUCAUUAAAAGAAAAUGAAAUGAAAAAAAUAGUACAGAACAAGGAGGUUAUCAGACAUUUAAUUGACAUAGUGUUGUAUUUGGGGAGACACUGUUUACCUUUUAGAGGUCAUAGAGAGGGUUGGGAAGAUGAUGCUCGUGGAAAUUUUAAAGAUUUAGCUAUCUUAUUGGCAAAGUAUUCACCUCCAUUAUCAUGUCAUUUAACUGAAGUCAAAAUUAGGGGAAAACAUACACACAAUUUUGUAUCAUGGAAUCGACAAAAUCAGUUAAUAUUAGCUAUUGCAACUAAUAUUCAUACCACAUUUGACGUGUCAAGAAAAGAGCAAUUGUCACUGGUUAUUCGUUAUAUAAAUAAAAGUAGCGGUGUAGUCAGUGAACGGUUAAUAGCUGUUAGAGAAACAUUAAUGACUACCGGUCAACAUUUAUUUACAGUUCUUGAUGAUAUAUGUAAAGAUAUGUGUUUAGAUUGGAAAACUUAUCUAAUUGGGCAAUCUUAUGACGGUGCUGCCUCAAUGAGAGGUGCAUACAAUGGCUUACAAGCUAUUGUAAAAGAGCAUAAUUCAUCAGCUACUUACGUUUGGUGUUGGGCGCACAAAUUUAAUUUGGUUAUAGUCGAUGCUGUAAGUUCCUGUUCACAAGCUAGAGACUUAUUUGGUACAUUGGAAACACUUUAUGAUUAUAUAGGCAGUACAAGUUUAAAAGAUGCCAAAAUAAAAUGUAGUAAAGCAACUCAUACCUCAGAUUUAUCAGAAAUUGAAAAUAAAGAAACUAGAAAACUUCGAUGCAAAAUAUUUGGCGAUGCUGAUAAUUAUGGUUUUCAAUUUAAAAAAAAAUCCCCUUCUAGAAAGUUAUUUCUUGAUGAACUUGCUAUUGRCUUGAUUAACAGUAUUUGUGAUUCACUUAAACGUGAAAGUAGGUUAGGACUUACUGGUUGA